AUGGUUUCUCAAGACCAAAGUAAGUACUCUGGCUCCAAAAAAAAUGGAGGUAAGGAGCUUGGAAUGGUAACUCCUCAAGACAAGCCCUUGAAGAAGAUGAAGUUUGUUUCAUCUGCUGAGACAGAACCAAGCAGCACGACAACAAUUUCUGAGGAUUCAAAGUCAGGUCGAGGUAUGAGCACAAUGCCUCGUGUUGUGAAGAGAAAAUUGCAGAAAAUCAAGCCAGUUGUUGAAGUCCCACUUGUGGACAAGAAAUGGGCUGAAAUCCCCAAUGAUAUAAAGGAGCAGAUUUGGGAAGCCGUUGACAUGGCUUUUGUGGUAGGUCAAGGGGGCAAGACCUCGGUGUUAUCUUCUGCUGCCAAGAAAUGGAAGGAUUUCAAGUCUACACUGACGAGGCAUUAUAUCCUUCCAUACAUCAAGGAGAGGGAGAAAUUAAGCCAACCCCCUGAAGUAUAUAAAUUCAUAGAGAAAGCAGAAUGGGAUGCCUUUGUAGCUUCAAGGUUAUCCAAAGAAUUUGAGUCUGUGCAUUCUCAACAUUCACAGAUUAGGGAGAAACUUGAGUACAAUCAUCGAUUGUCUCGAAAAGGAUAUGCUGGUUUGGAGGAUCAAUUGGAGGAAACCAUGCCUGGGGUAGAAAUUGAUCGAUCUACCUUAUGGAAGAAAGCUAGACAGGACAAACAUGGUAACAUCCCGGAUCCAAAGGUGGCAGAGAAAGCAAAAUUAAUUGAUGAAUUGCAAAAACAAGUGGCUGAAGGCAGUCUGAGUUUAUCUGGCAGUAAUGAUGUGUUGACCUUGGCUUUGGGUCCCGAGCAUCCAGGGAGAGUAAGAGGGGUAGGUGCUGGGAUUUCCCCUAGGCAAUUCUUCAAUUUACCUAGACCACAGAGGGUAAAGUUUGCUGAUCAAUUGAAGGAAAGUGUAAGAAUUGUCCUUCAAGAAGAGACUAAGAAGAUGGAAGCUAGAACCAAACAAUUAGUAGAGGCUGAGAGGGAACAUUUACUGAGUCAGCUUUCCCACCUCAUCCCCAAUUUUGAUCCAAGCAUGCUUAAACCGAAAACUUGCCCCUGUCAAAACCAAGGUCCACAGCAAAGUCCCAAAAAUCCAAUGUCUGAUAAAGCAAGCUGUUCUGGGGCUGAAGGGAGAUCCCUACAUUUAGAGGAUGAUACUGCCAGAAAUGGGGAACAGUAG